CUCUAAAAGAUCUAAACUUAAAACCCCGCAACGUCUCUCUACUUUCUUCUUUUUCUAUCUCCUUUGGCUGACUGCAGCCACCAAAAACCCUUUUUCCCCAAAUCAAUCGAAUUCUAGGGUUUAUCGACAAAAUUCACAACCAUGCCUCAAGGAGAUUACAUUGAGCUUCACAGGAAGAGAAAUGGAUACCGUCUCGAUUACUUCGAGCGUAAGCGUAAGAAGGAGGCGCGUGAAGUCCAUACACGCUCUAAAAAAGCCCAAAAUACUUUGGGUAUUAAGGGUAAGAUGCUUGCUAAGAAGAGAUAUGCAGAGAAAGCUCAGAUGAAGAAAACACUUAAGAUGCAUGACGAAACACCAAGUAGGCGCAAGGUGGAUGAAGAUGUUCAGGAAGGAGCAAUUCCUGCAUAUUUGCUUGAUCGUGAGCAAACAGCAAGGGCUAAGAUUCUGAGCAACACAAUCAAGCAAAAGAGAAAAGAUAAAAAUGCAAAAUGGGCGGUUCCAUUACCCAAGGUUAGACCAGUUGCUGAAGAUGAAAUGUUUAAAGUUAUAAGGUCCGGGAAAAGGAAGACCAAGCAAUGGAAGAGAAUGAUAACAAAAGCUACAUUUGUUGGUCCCUCGUUCACUAGGAAACCACCAAAGUAUGAACGAUUUAUCCGUCCAUCAGGAUUGCGUUUCACCAAGGCUAAUGUCACUCAUCCUGAAUUAAAAUGUUCAUUUAAUCUUGAGAUCAUUGGAGUGAAGAAGAACCCUAAUGGUCCGAUGUACAGUUCACUUGGUGUUAUGACCAAGGGUACUAUCAUUGAGGUCAAUGUGAGUGAACUUGGUCUGGUCACACCAGCUGGGAAAGUAGUAUGGGGGAAGUAUGCUCAAGUGACAAAUGACCCUGAGAAUGAUGGCUGUAUAAAUGCUGUUUUGCUAGUUUAAUCAGGUUGUUAGGUCUCGGGUCGAUGAAAUCACCUGUAAUUUUGAUAAAAUAUCACUAUUAAGUGGAUGCUCAAUGUUAAAGAAAGACACAUUUAUGAUUUAGUUUUUUCUUUGGUUCUAUAUGCUCUCUAAUCACGAGUCCUAAACUGUAUCGUUUUACAUGGAUUAGGUCAAAUUAACCAGGUUAACUAUAUUUUAAUAUUAUUCGUCGCUUGUUUUGUUAAGUUGAAA